AUGGCAGCGGCGUCUUUCGUGCAGCAAGGCAAGAAAAUCGUCGCGAUUGGCCGGAAUUACUCGGAGCACAUCAAGGAGCUAAAGAAUGAUACCCCAGGAGAACCUAUGUUCUUCUUGAAACCGACCUCUAGCUACCUUCCAUCAGGCGGGAACGUCGAGAUCCCGAAAGGCGUGACGGCACACUACGAAGUCGAGCUUGGCGUGGUCGUUGGGAAGGGCGGUCGAGAUAUCUCUCAAGCUGAUGCGGGCUCGCAUGUAGCGGGCUAUGCUCUUGCAGUCGAUAUGACCGCUCGGAACAUGCAAGAUGUGGUGAAGAAGAAGGGUCAUCCUUGGAGUGCAGUGAAAGGCUUCGAUACCUUCACGCCAAUCAGCUCUUACAUUCCCAAGUCGUCAGUGCCUGAUCCACAAAAUCUCAACCUAACCCUGAAGGUGAACGGUCUGGUCAAGCAGGACGGGAACACAGGGAGUAUGAUCUUCCCCAUCCCACGUCUCAUCGAGCACGUCUCCUCCAUUAUGUCGUUGGAGGAGGGAGACCUUAUACUCACGGGAACGCCAUCUGGCGUGGGUCCCAUCGUACCUGGAGAUCAGGUCGAAUGCGCAGUGUCCGAUAACACAGGGAAGCAGCUCGCGACGCUCACCUUCGGAGUAGUGCAGCGCAACGGCGGUUAUGAAUUCAAGCCAUGA